AUGAAGUUUUUACACGGAUUGACACUUUUAAGCUCCAGUGCGGAUAGUGGUCUGCACUGUCGCUCGCGAUCAACGAAUGUCAGCACGCGAAAUACCGUCGCUGGGAAAGUCUCUAAAGAUGAGCGAAAAGAACGCAAAAUUGUUCAUCGAGCAAUUCGGAAAUUGCGAGAUGAAAUUCUGGAUGAGGCAGACGAUGUGUCCCCGAUCAUAAAGCUGCGACGGGAAUCGCGUAACAAGAGUGAUGCUUACUUAAUUAAGAACAGUCAGAAUCUGGAUGAUUUUCUCGAGGUUGCCGAAAGAGUGGAAAAGGAAGCUGCGAGAAAGCGAGUUGAGGUAAUUAUUCAAAAUCCAGUAAAUCUUCAGAUUUAA